CGCCCCUUUGCCCCUCCCCCCUUUAAACAGCAAACCCCCUGUCCGUCCUUGUAAUGUUCCUUCGCGUUUUUCGGUAGAACCAGUGAAGAACUCUGGCUACUCGAAAACAAGACCGGUUGUUUGUUCGGCCCGUGAGUCGGAUUAGCGGCUCUCAGCUCGGAGGUUCGGACGGGGAAGGCUCGCUGUGCUCCGGAGCUCCUGCUCGGCCUCGCGGCGGUCAUCUCCCGCUCAUUCAUCCCGAGCAACAGCGAUGGAAGCGGCGGACUUUAACUUCCUGCUCGCCACGGACUCGUACAAGAUCACUCACUACAAACAGUACCCUCCAGGAGUCAGCAAAGUCUACUCCUACUUCGAAUGUCGACGGAAGAAAGGCUCCCCAUUCAAUGAGGUGGUGUUUUUCGGCCUUCAGUAUCUGCUGAAGAAGUACCUGACAGGUCCUGUGGUCACUGAGGAGAAGAUUCAGGAAGCCAAGCUCUUCUACCAGAUGCACUUCAGACAGGCUGUGUUUGAUGAGGAGGGCUGGAGGAAGAUCCUGGAGAAACACGAUGGUCGCCUUCCCAUUCGGAUCAAAGCCGUUCCAGAGGGUCGGAUUGUUCCAAGAGGAAAUGUGCUCUUCACCGUGGAAAACACGGACCCUAGCUUCUACUGGCUCACCAACUACAUUGAGACCAUGCUGGUCCAGAUGUGGUACCCCAUCACAGUAGCCACUGUAUCCAGGGAGUUCAAGAAGAUCCUAGCCAAACACCUGAAAGCCACGACGGGGAGUCUGGAGGGCCUGGACUUCCGACUUCAUGACUUUGGCUACAGAGGAGUGUCCUCGCAGGAGUCUGCAGCGCUGGGAGGAGCUGCUCACCUGGUGAACUUCUGCAGCACAGACACAGUGGCCGGGGUGCUCAUGGCUCAGCGCUAUUAUGGCUGUCCAAUGGCUGGAUUCUCCAUCCCUGCAGCUGAGCACAGCACCAUCAUCUCCUGGGGCAGGAACCGGGAGAAGGACGCCUUUGAGCGACUCCUGGACCAGUUCUCGUCGGGUCCUGUGGCCGUGGUCAGCGACAGCUACAACAUCUUCAACGCUUGCAAACACAUCUGGGGCGACAAGCUGAAGGAGAGAGUCAUGGAGCGCAGCGAGGACUCCUGCCUUGUAAUCCGACCGGACUCUGGAGACCCGGCUGAGACUCUAAUUGAGGUCCUGAGGAUUUUGGAGGAGUGUUUUGGCUGCUCUCUGAACUCGGUGGGAUUCAAGGUGCUGCCAUCGUACCUGCGGAUCAUCCAGGGAGACGGGAUCGACCUUCGCUCUGUCAAUCAGAUUCUGGAGAAGCUCAGUGAUAAAGGCUGGAGUGCUGAGAACGUAGUCUUCGGUUGUGGCAGUGCCUUGCUUCAGAAGCUGAACAGAGACACGCUGAGCUGCGCCUUUAAGUGCAGCUACGUGGAGACCAACGGCAAGGGGAUGGAUGUGUACAAGCAGCCGGUAACCGACCCGUCCAAGAGGUCCAAGAGGGGCCGACUGUCUCUGCGAAGAAACUCGGAUGGUUUCUUGGAGACGGUAGAGAGCGGGGCGGGGAAACCCGAGGAGGACUUGUUGGUGACCGUCUUUGAGAAUGGCUGCCUGAUGCAGAACUACAGCCUGGAGGAGAUACGGAAGAACGCCCGGCUGCAGGACGACGAGCCGACUCCCAUCUCGCACAACCAGGAGCCGCUGAACCAGCGCAUCAUCAAUGGGGUCCACUAGAACCAGCAAUCCUAGCGGGCACAGGGGACCUGGGGACUGCUGUGUCCUAAGGGGCCUCACCAUCACAAAGGAGAAGCUCAGGGUGACUCCUGAACACUCCUGAAGACUCUGUUUACUGCAGAAUCUGAGCGUCAGGAACUUCAGCGUUUUGUCCUCCAAAAGUCAGAAUAACAAGCUGAUCUGAAAAGCUCCAAACAGAAUCCAGACUCUAGAAUGACGACCACUCAGCAUGAAGGUGGUCAGGAUGCCUUUAUUUCCUUACCAUCAAACAUGAUCUCAGGACAAACAGCAUGGCGGAUGUGGGCCAAACCUCAUACACUGACUAAAUGACCCGGACUCUAAGCAGCAGCACUGCCACCUACAGGAAAAGGGGGACCUUUUUUUUUGUUUGUUUUUUUAAAUUAAACCAGCAUCUCUGCCUUUACAGGCGGUCACGCACUUCCUUGCAAAACUGUAGUCACAGCAGUAGCUAUGCCGAGAGGCUCCUCUGGAUUUGUGUCUGAAUCUUGAGAAGGCUCGUGUGUUUGUGGGUCGGAGCCAAGGACGAGAAAAGAAAUUGCAAGUUUUCAUGAAUCGUAGUUUUAUUUGUACAUUUAGGUGCAUUUUUAGAUAUUUUAAAGCAAAUGAGAAAACCCUUACUAAUCUCAGAUGGGACUUUACUUUGCAGUGUUGGUUUUUUUGUUUCUUUUUCUCCCAAUGAGAUAAUGAGGCGUUGUCACUUGAAACUGAAAGCGCUUGUCGUCAGUAUUUUUUAAGACCGAUAUCCUCAAGCAGCUGCUGCACAGAGCUCGUCUUCCAGACGUUUGCGGUUUCCUCAGGUGUGUAUGUGUGUGUGUUUUCUUGCAGGUGUUUUUAAAGCUCUUAAUUCGAGGAAGUAAAACAACAAACUGCAGCGUCAUGUUCUCACUGUCGAUGGCUCCAAAGCUCCAGCCUUAGUUUCGUUUUGUUCAUUUUCUUUCUCAUCAUAAUUUUUCUCAACAGUUAGCUGGAAAUGUCUUGUGCAUGGUUCUUUGUUGGACUGAUGUCAGUUUUGCAGCAGCUCCACCUUUCCACAGCAGAACAAUGAUUCCUUUAUUCCCAGUUGGAGGAAUUGUAAUUAAGUAUUUAAUGCCACACAAAAUAAUACAUAGACUGUUUAUGCCUAAUUGAGAAAGAAUGUCAUCUGUAUGAAUCAAGUGAUUUAUUUUGAAUGAUUAAAAAUGCAAAAAGUA